AUGGACCGGCCGUGCCGCGCCCUCCUCCUGCUCGCUGCGUGCGCCGCUCCGCGACUCGCCGGCGCCGGCGUGAUGGGCGUGCGCUUCUCGCUGCACCCAACGGUCGCGAGCGCGGCGUCGCUGCAGCAGGCGGUCAAACAGAGCACGCGCGACCUCCGCUCGCUCGGCCUGGCCGUCUCCGCCGACUCGGUCUCCUCGUGCCUGCUCGGGCCGGAGCCCGCGCUGUUCGAGGCGAUGCGCGUCGUGCUCGGCCGCGCCUCGAGGCUGGACGGCUCGCCGCGCGUCUCUCUCGUGUGCCAGUUCUCGGCCGGCGACCCGAUGGCCGGGUCGAGCUUCGAGCCGCCGCCGCGCACCGCCGGCGCGACGCUGGACGCGGACGCCGACGGCGAGCUGCCCAGAGGGAGCCGAGCGCAGGCGCCGCCGUCCAAGCGGACGCUGAUGCGAGGUGUCGCCAGCGCGCUGAGGCGGCUGCCGCUCCAGGCGGCGGGGGCGCUGGAGCAGGCGUCGGGCGGCGCGCGCGCCAAGCGGAUCGCCGACGGCCUCGCGCAGGCAUCGAGCCCGGAGAGCAUCGCGGCACGGAUUGGGAAAGCGCUCGAGGCGGGGCCGCCGGUGGCGGCGGGCGAGGCGGCAGAGGACGACUGGGUCGCCGAGGCGUAUGCGCUGCCCACGCGCGUCGCCUGCCAGUUCGCUGUGUACCCUGUCGACGGCGACCAUGCGGCGGCGCGCACCGCCGUGGCCGAGCGGGUGGCGGCCUCGCCGGCGGCGCGAGGCGGCGACGUGCUCUUUUGCGAGACGCUGGAGGGAGACGGCGCCGAGGUGAUGGAGGUGCUGCGCGACGCGCUCGCGGUGGCGCGCGAGUCGAGCAGCCACGCCGUGCUGCACGCGACGCUGACGACCAACCUGCAGAAGAGGAGGCGGUAG